CCGGCGGAGGAGGACCUUGCCGGUGCCCCCGCGGUCGAACUUGGUACAUUGGGGCCGGGACCGGCUCGAAUCUGGCGCGCGGCGGAUCUGGAGGAGUGCGACAGUUCCUCCUUCGGGGCUGGCCGAGGGGAAGGCGAGAGGGACUCUCGGCCGUCAUCUGCAAAGGGAGGGGGCAGCGGCGAAGGGAGACGAAAGAGGCGGCGGUCGGCAAGCCCUCGACGGCGGUUCAUCUCCAGAUCCGCAGACAUCCCGUCUUCCUCGAAGCGGCGCCGGAGGGGAAGAAGACAUCAAUAAUCAUAAGCUUCAGAAGGCAUCAAGUACAUAUUAUUCACCUUGCAGCAGGAACAAACAGUUCGGUCAUGCACCGCGUGACCAAUUACGCGAUGCAAGGAUGCAGCAACAAUGACGAGAGAGAGGAGGUUGAAGCUGCUGCCAAUGCUGCCUCUCGGCCGCAAUGGAUGGGAUCGUUCCAUCCAUACGGAAUGCCGCCACCAGUACCUCCUUAUUUUUACCCUGCUCCAGCAACCAUGCCGCCUCCAGCAGGACCCCCAAUGCAGCAGUUCAGUGAAGGUCCGAGUGUCCGAGUGGGCGACCCCGAUGCUGGGAAAAGUGGUCCGAAGGUCAAGCUUCCCAAUUUCAAUCCCGAAGAAGACGUAAACCUGACAAAGUGGUGGCUAAACAUAAGUACUGACCCGGUUGUCAAUACCGGGCAGCGGAAAGAAGGGUUUUGGUUACGGAUCAUGAAAGGCUACAACUCAUCUCGAGGGGUUUACCCGAAGAGAUCUCAGAAGUCGCUCACGACUCGUUGGGACUACAUCAAAGAGUGCUGCACCAAGUUUUCCGAGUUCUACAGUAGUGUUCUGCGUUUGAAUCCCAGCGGCAUGUCGGACGCGGACAAGACGACGGAGGCAAUGGCUUGGUAUGCUGCGGCAUUGCAGAAGCCUUUCACCCAGAUGCACUCCUGGAAGUUAUUGAAGGAUGAGCCAAAGUGGGAGGCGUGCAUUGGGGCUCACUCCAAGGUACAUGUGCUCGACGACGACUCCUCGGAUGCAGCAGCUGGCGGUGCCAACGAAGUGGGCGGUCCAGCCGAGUCUGAUGUCCCGGCCUCCAGCGGGAGCAAGAGGCCGAUUGGGAGGGAUGCCACUAAAGCAGCGAGGAAAAAGGCCGCCACAUCGUCGUCCUCGUCAGAAUACAUUUCACAAAUGAAUUAUAUGUGGGGCAACAAGCUGUCAUUAAUAAAGGAGAGUCAUGCUAAGAUGGCCAGCCACCACGCCACGAUGGCUGUGCUGCAGGAGAAGAAGAUGACUACGGAAAGGGAGCUGGAGGAACGUCGUCCGGCGCUUGAGGAGAGUCGGCUAGCAAUGGAGGCGAGUCGGAUGGAGAUGGAGAAGAAUGACAGGGAGAGUCGGAUGGAGAUGGAGCGGUCUCGGGCCGCCAAGGAAGAACGCGCGGAAGAGGAACGUAUUCUUAGUAUAGAGCUCGACAAAUGCUCGCCAGCGCUACGGCUGUUCUACAAGCGACAGCAGGAGCAGAUCCUUGUAAAGUACUCGUUGCCUCCUCCCUGACUGGUAUCGGCCUUCCCAACUCUGCGUUGUUUGUAUUAUUUGAGAACUUUGUGUACGAUUGCGGAACUUUGCGUGUAUUCCUGAUCGUAGAACUAUUGUUACAUGUUUGAGAACUUUUAGUGCUGAGUGUUGUAUGAACUGCGAGAACUAUUGUUUAAA